GUGGGGGGCGGGGGUAGGGGGAGCCAAUCCCGACAGCGCCAAAGGGGGGAGGCGGCGGUGACAGCCGCGGGGAGGGGGCGGGAGGAGAGAGGCGGCUCUGCUCGAGCUCUGCUUGCUGCUCAGCUCCGUUCUGCCUCCGGCUUUGCACUCACCUGCUGCCUAAGCUGUCUGCUCCUGCCCCAGGACCCCCAGUGGGCCCUAGACCCCGGGGCAGUCCCCAGACUCAGCCCCUGCUCAAAUUCUCCCCAGCCCCUAGCCCCAACAGCACGCUAAGCCGCCAGGGGGCGCCGUGCGAGGGCCCUAUCCCGGCCACCGGCGCCCCCUCCCACGGCCCAGGCGGGAGGGGGGUGCCGGGGGCCAUGCGGGGCCAGGGCCGCAAGGAGAGUUUGUCCGAUUCCCGAGACCUAGAUGGGUCCUACGACCAGCUCACGGGCCACCCUCCAGGGCCCACUAAAAAAGCGCUGAAGCAGCGGUUCCUCAAGCUGCUGCCUUGCUGCGGGCCCCAAGCCCUGCCCUCAGUCAGUGAAAUUGGCCCGGUCUUCCGCUUUCUCGGUGACAGUUCGCUCCCUUCAGAAUUAGCCGCCCCAGCCUCCCUCCGCCCCCACAGACCCCGCCCGCUGGACCCAGACAGCGUGGAGGAUGAGUUUGAACUGUCCACCGUGUGUCACCGGCCUGAGGGUCUGGAACAGCUGCAGGAGCAAACCAAGUUCACCCGCAAGGAGUUGCAGGUCCUGUACCGAGGCUUCAAGAACGAAUGCCCCAGUGGAAUUGUCAGUGAAGAGAACUUCAAGCAGAUUUACUCCCAGUUCUUUCCUCAAGGAGACUCCAGCACCUAUGCCACUUUUCUCUUCAAUGCCUUUGACACCAACCAUGAUGGCUCAGUCAGUUUUGAGGACUUUGUGGCUGGUUUGUCGGUUAUUCUUCGGGGAACGGUAGAUGACCGGCUGAAUUGGGCCUUCAACCUGUAUGACCUCAACAAGGAUGGCUGUAUCACCAAGGAGGAAAUGCUUGACAUCAUGAAGUCCAUCUAUGACAUGAUGGGCAAGUACACGUAUCCAGCACUCCGGGAGGAGGCCCCAAGGGAACACGUGGAAAACUUCUUCCAGAAGAUGGACAGAAACAAGGAUGGUGUGGUGACCAUUGAGGAAUUCAUUGAGUCUUGCCAAAAGGAUGAGAACAUCAUGAAGUCCAUGCAACUCUUUGACAAUGUCAUCUAGCUCCCCAGGAGAGGGGGUCAGUGUGUCUUUGGGGGAACAUGUUCUAGCCCUAGUCCAGGCAGACCUCACCCUUCUCUUCCCAGGUCUGUCCUCAUCCUGGCCCUACCCUGGAGGCUGUAGGGAUCCAAGAGCCUGGGGAUUCAUUAGUCUAGAUCCCUGGAGCUGAAGGGGCUAGAGAACAGGCAGAGUGGGAGCUCCAGUGGUGCAAUCAGUUAGCGCGGUACUUAUAUGAGAGUGGGUAGAGUGCAUUUGGGGAGUGUUCCCAACUCCCAACAGUCUCACCUCCCCCCUGCCUCAUACGCAGUGCUGAGGGUGCCCUUGCUGUAAGAAUUGGGUGGUUCCCCACCUCUCACCCCCACUUUAGAAACCACAACACUUGUUUCCUGCUAUGGUGCUCCCCCAUCCCUGAUCUCAUAAACAUUUCCCCUAAGACUCCCUUCUCAAAGAGGAUUCUCUGUCCUUGGCACUGGCUGGCUUUUUACACCAACCUUUGAGAGCCCUGUGGGAGGGAGACAAAAAUGUAGAGGGAGAAACCUUGGGCCUAAGUCAGUGGUUAGGUCCUAGGAAGUAUCUGGGGUAGAGAACAGAAAAGCAUGGGCAUAUCUGGAUGAUCUGGGACAAUGUUUCAUUUGAAAAGAAAAAGAGAGAGAGAGAGACAGACAGACAGACAGACAAACACAUGGGUAGAUUGUGAGAGCUCAGGCAUGCCAGGCUAUAGCUCCAAGUUCCCCAGGUCUGCUACCCCAGCCCAUCAAAAUAUGAGUUUCUAGGCUUUUCAGAAGACCUUGACUCCUUAGAAAUACCCUAGAAAUUUUCCAUACCCUCCUCAGUUUCCAAAGAGAGACUGGGAUCCAGUUAUCUGGCUCAUCCCUGGAAUAAUUCCUUUUUCUCCCUCUUUCCUGCAUGUGUUGGUGGUAGUAGUGGCCAGGGAAUAGGGCUAGAAGAUGCCCUGGCUGAUGCCUGCUAAAGUUUCAAACUACUCUCCCUGCUCAUCACCUGUUUUGAUGGCUAUGACUUGAGUUUUCAGUGGUUAUGUUCUCUAGACUUAGAAACAUGGAGUGAGUUAGGCACCUUUCUAAACUGGUUCCUAUCAUUCUCUCCAGUGGAUGCCUUAGAUGGAAAAACAAGAAGGGAGACAGGUAUA